AUGGCGCUGGCCGCGCUCGCCGUGGUCCUGCUUUGCGGUGGCGUUCUGAAGGCCGUUUCGGAGGAGGUCGGCAAGGUGAAGCUGAGUUUCUUCUUCGAAAGUCUUGAUGGAAGGCUUCCAAGUGGACAGACCUGCGACUCCUGGCCCUACGUGAUGUGCGACAUCUUCCUGAAGAUCUGCGUCACCAGCGAAGGCAGUCGACCAUGCGAUGUGUUUUCUCAUAAGUCGGAAUUUUGGGAGGACACCCACACCAAACAAGUCUCAGUCGGCUUCCCCCUUCGGAAGCCCCUUCCUAAGAGUCUGGAUGUGGUGGUUGAGGCGCUGGACGCGGAUACGUCUGGCAGGCCAGAUGAGGUCGCGCGUUUCAGGGGAAAUCUGCAAAUCACCGAGUUGCCCAACACCCCAGCGAAGUUUCGCAUGGUGCGGGAGGAUCUCGGAGCUGUCAACAGAGUCCAAUUGGAGAGUUACGCGCACAUUGUGUGCGCACGGUUCUACUACGGCGGUGAUUGUUCACGCAAAUGCAUGCCCGAUCCGCAACGCUACUUCUGUGACACGAACGGAAACAAAAAGUGCAAUAAAGGCUACUUAGGAAAGGAAUGUGACCAACGCGACUACUGCCUGAACCACACUUGUGCUGAGUUCGCCGAAUGCCGGAACUCGCCCACUCGAUUCGAAUGCUGGUGUGAUGACAUGGAAGGUCCACAGUGCUUUGCUGGCUUCGAUCCGUGUUCCCCCGAACGAAACCCCUGCUCUGGUCAUGGAGAGUGUUCCCGCACCGGUCCGCAUGGCGUGACCUUCAAGUGCCUCUGCGAACCUGAUUGGAUGGGCGAUCGAUGCCAGCAGCGACGCCCGCCAUGCUUGGUAGCCCUGGAGAACAACGUCACCCUCUGCCUAAACGGUGGAACGUGUCACGAUGCGACUGAUGUGGAAGGCCAGUUCUCCUGUGACUGUCCGCCAGGUUGGUGGGGUGAUCGUUGCGAGAAGACUGCCUCCAUUGUCCAAACUGCACCCUUCAUCGCCACUACUUCGGUUGUUGCCGCUGCCAUCCUGCUCAGCCUCCUAGUUUUCUCAGUUACCGUGUGCUGGAAGAAAAAGUACGAUCAAUGA